GUUCUGUCGCUGUAGGUAACUGGGCGUGGUUUGCAAUUGCUGGGUGUAACCUUACUCACGUCGCAAUCACUAGUUAUAUUGGAAUCCAGUGUGUUUCAGGUUCAGCCAUCAUGUCAACAACAGACGAGAGUUCGAAAACCCCGGCAUGUGACUUGGUUGCUCUCCUGGAUGCCAGAGAUGCAGCACUCAUAACACUGGUGGCGGGAGAGAUGCAGCUGGCUGUACACAGAUCCGUCUUGGUGGCCAAAAGCCCAGUGUUCAGUGCAAUGCUGGCUCACGACAUGUUGGAGGCCAACAGCGGUCGCAUAGUCAUCACAGAUGUCGACCCGGAGGUGCUGCAGCAGCUGCUGCUGUUCAUGUACCAGGACAGCACUCCGCAACUCUGCAGUAUGGCACCACAGCUCUUGAUGGCCGCAGACAAAUAUUGCUUGCCUGACUUGAAGGCACAGUGCGAAUUGCAACUGAUCCAAGAUCUGUCUGUGGAAAAUGUCACGUCAAGUGCCUCAAUCGCGUUGCGGCACUCUUGCUGUCGGUUAAAGGAAGUGUGUGGCAUCUACAUGCAGGCCAACUUUACCAAGGUGAUGGGCACUGAGGGGUGGGCAGAAGCAGUGAGAAAGCACCCUGAAGAGUUUGUGGAGGUCACUCGUUUGGUUGCAGCAAAACCAUCAAAACCCAGGAAUGAAUCUCGGGAGUUGGACCAGAGGCUGCUGGAGGCUGUUAAAAAAACAAUUUGAAGGAGAUGCAGCAGCUGUUAGCCACAGGGGCAGAUGUGGGGGCACGGGACAUGAGCGGGAAGACUGCGCUUCAUCUUUCUGCAAACUCACCGAGCAGACUGAGGUUCCUGCUGCAAACCGGUGCAGAUGUGGCACUGCGGGAUGGGAGCGGGAGGACAGCCCUCCAUUUUGCAGCUACCAGUGGAGAUAAGGAAGCUGUGGCAUGUCUGCUGCAGGCCGGUGCACGCGUAGAUGUGAGGGACACACAGCUCCAAACAGCUCUACAUUCUGCCAUUCAGGGAAGUAACCUGGAAGUUCUCCAGCAGCUGCUGGCAGUCUCCAGUGAUGUGAACACUGCCGACACAUACGGGUGCACACCACUGCACCUGGCAGCAGAACGGGGCAACGAAGCUGUGGUACAGGCACUCCUGGAUGUGGGUGCGGACAAGAAUGCUAGGAACAAGCGAAGAGAGACUCCGCUGCAUGUUGCUGAGCGGUGUCAUAAGGAGGAACUGCGAGCUUUGCUCAGUGUUUCAGGUGCAACCAGUGCAUCAGAGACAAAUAAGAAUCCAAAAGCUCUGGCCUACGACUUUGGUGCCGUCUUGGACGCCAGGGAUGCUGCACUCGUAACGAUAGUGGCGAGAGACAUUCAGCUAGCUGUACACAGGUCUGUGUUGGUGGCCACAAGCCCAGUGUUUGCCUCAAUGUUGGCCCACAACACGGAGAAGGCCAGCAGCGGUUGUAUCCUCAUCGAAGAUGUCGAACCGGAGGUGUUGCAGCAGCUACUGCAAUUUAUGUACAAGGACAGCAUUCCACAGCACUGCAGUGUGACACCACAGCUCCUGGUGGCUGCAGAUAGAUAUUGCGUGUCUGACUUGAAAGCACAAUGCGAAAUACAGCUGGCGCGUGAUCUGUCAGUGGAAAAUGUGAUGACGAGUGCCUCGGUCGCAUUGCGGCAUUCGUGUCCUCACCUGACGGAAGCAGCUGGAUGCUUCCUCCGGACCAACUUUACCAAAGUGGUGGCCACUGAGGGGUGGAAAGAAGCCGUGCACAACCACCCUGAAAAAUUUGUGGAAUUCAGCCAUCUGAUUGCAACGACACCAGCAAAAACAAGGAGUACCUCUCAGGAGGAGAUGGACUGCAAGCUGCUCAAGGUGGCCGAAACUGUGGAUUCUACAGAAGUGCAGGAGCUGCUAAACGCUGGGGCGGACGUGGGGACACGGGAUGUGAGGGGGAGGACUGCCCUUCAUAUUGCCGCAGCAAUUCCCAUGUACUAUUUGACCUUUCUGGGCUACCUGCUAAAAGCUGGGGCAGAUCUGGGGGCAAAGGAUGAAAGUGGGAGGACUGCCCUUCACUGUGCAGCUGCCAGAGGACUCAAGAAUACCACAGAGUAUCUACUGCAGUAUGGUGCGUGUGUGGAUGUGAGGGACAGGUGGCUGCAAACGCCUCUGCACGCAGCUGCACAGGGAAACUCAGAAAUUGUUGGAAUCCUAGCGAAAGCUUCUAGUGAUGUGAAUGCUGCCGACGUGUACGGGUGCACACCACUACACUUGGCGGCACAGUGGUUCGACAUAUCUGCGGUACGGGCUCUGCUGAAUGCCGGUGCAGACAAAAAUAUUAGGAACAAUGAAAGGGAGGCACCCAGAGAUGUUGCUGACCGGUAUAAAAGAGAACACUUGCUAGCCUUACUGAAGUGAACCUCACCUCCUUACAAGGAAGGACAUGCGUAAAAUGAAACUUACAUAUACGCUCUUCACUUUUGUCACAGAAGCCAUGUGCAAGUAGCAAUAGGAAUGAGGGCUGGUUGUACAGGAUAUCCCAAACCUGCUAUCACAAUUGUACAGACAGUAGAUUAUGCUAUAAGAAAGUAAUGGUUGGAAACUUAACUUUGCUUCAGAAACAUCUGGCCCUUUUCUUAACCUCAACAGCUUGUGAGUUCACCACAUAGGCAACUGAAAAUUGCAAUUGGUACGAUUUUCUUAUUAUAGUUAGAUCGACAAAAGAUGGUGAUUUGCACAGCUCGAGACAAGGACGGGGAGCGCAUUGUUGCCUGCUCCAAGCAAUGUUUGCGGUAAGUGCAUACACUUGCUCUGCACUUGAAAAAAGUGUGUGUACUGCAAAUUAUGUCCCUCACAUGCUUAUGCAAAAUUUGUUGCUUACCACUGCAAUCAGCCUUGACAACUUGCAACAAAUGGAGUAAAAAUUUUAUAACCAAUGCACUAUGAUCAUGUUCAAUGCAGUGGCUAAGACAUUCACAACAGAGUGCUGAGAACACUACUGAAUACUCAUUGGCUGUUGGGGAAUACGUGACAUAGAUGCACAGAACAAGCCUGAACUCAACCACCAUCUUUUGUGUCUCCAACUAUAGUCAUUCUUUAUACACUUUCACAAAAUAUUUGGACUCAGAAAUAAAAAAAAAAAAAAGUAACAGCUAAGUGUUGUAAGAGUAGAAGCCAUGGCCUUUUUUAAAGUGGCUGUUUCUAUAUUAAUAUACAUAUACAGUAAUGGAGUAAUUCCCAAAAUGAUCAUUGCGAUUAGAUUAACCAAUAGACAUAAUUUGUUGUUGGUAUGAUUUGCAGAAAUACCUGUACCCUGAAGUCUGUCUUUAGGAUGGGAGCUACCAAAUGUGAUGUGUGCGCAAUUGAAUCAGAGCUCGUAGAGUUCAGUUUACAAACAGGUAGUUGCCAUUAAAUUAUGUGCAAGGGAAUAUUCACCAUAAAUUAUCCCUGUUCACCUCAACUUUUUCAUUUGAA